UUAUAAGCCCUCCUUCCCUCGCUCCCUCCCUUCAUAAAACUUCUCUCUCUCUCUCUCUAUCUAUCCCUCUCUCUCUUCAACUACCCCAACCACCACACCACGCAUUUCCCUCUCGAAUUCUCCCCACUACAGUCUCUACAGUUCCUACGGUGACUCUUCGGCCACGGGAAUCCGGCUACUCUCCCCUACACGCUAUCAUUUCCCGCCACCGGAUUCCGGGACACACCGCUGCCUCCUUGGAACCACCACCUUCUGUGCUCAGAUGGAUUCCUCGUCCAGCUCCAUGAAAAUCUCGCCAUUGGAUCUGAUGGCGGCGAUCAUCAAGGGCAAAAUGGACCCCUCCAACGCCUCCGCAGACUUCUCCGGCGCCCAGGUCACCUCCGUCAUGCUCGAGAACCGCGAGUUCGUCAUGAUCUUGACCACCUCCAUUGCCGUCCUAAUCGGCUGCGUCGUCGUGUUGAUUUGGCGGCGAUCGUCGGCCCCUCCGAAGCCGCGAGUCAUUCAGGCUCCCGCGCCCUUGAUCGUGAAGCCUGAGCCGGAGGUCGACGACGGGACCAAGAAGGUCACCAUCUUCUUCGGCACCCAGACCGGUACCGCCGAAGGCUUCGCGAAGGCUUUGGCCGAGGAAGGAAAAGCUCGAUACGAGAAGGUCACAUUCAAAGUUGUUGAUUUGGACGAUUAUGCUGCUGAUGACGAAGCAUAUGAGGAGAAAUUAAAGAAGGAGAGCUUGGCAUUUUUCUUCUUGGCCACAUAUGGUGAUGGUGAGCCAACCGAUAAUGCUGCCAGGUUUUACAAGUGGUUUACGGAGGGGAAUGAGAGAGGAGAGUGGCUUCAGAAGCUUCAUUACGGGGUGUUCGGCCUUGGAAACAGGCAGUAUGAGCAUUUCAACAAGGUUGCUGUGGUUGUCGAUGAUGUCCUCACUGAGCAGGGUGCGAAGCGACUUGUUCCAGUGGGUCUUGGAGAUGAUGAUCAAUGCAUUGAGGAUGACUUCAGUGCAUGGCGGGAGUCUGUUUGGCCUGAGUUGGAUCAGUUGCUUCGAGAUGAGGAUGAUGCAAUGACACCAAUUUCUACACCUUACACUGCUGCUGUGUUGGAGUAUCGAGUUGUAAUGGAAGAUUCUGCAGAUGCAUCAGUAGAGAAUAAGAGCUGGAAUAAUGCAAAUGGUCAUGCUGUCAUUGAUGCUCAACAUCCAUGCAGAGCUAAUGUGGCUGUGAGAAAGGAACUUCAUACUCCUGCAUCUGACCGUUCUUGCACCCAUCUCGAAUUUGAUAUUGCUGGCACUGGACUUACAUAUGAGACUGGGGAUCAUGUUGGUGUCUACUGUGAGAAUCUUCCUGAAAUUGUGGAAGAGGCGCUAAGCUUGUUAGGCUUGUCGCCAGAAACAUAUUUCUCGAUACACACUGAUAAGGAGGAUGGCACACCACUUAGUGGAAGCUCCUUGGCACCUCCUUUCCCACCGUGCACACUAAGAACAGCACUAACUCGAUAUGCUGAUCUUUUAAGUUCUCCGAAAAAGUCUUCCUUACUCGCUUUAGCCGCUCAUGCAUCAGACCCAACUGAAGCAGACCGAUUAAGACAUCUUGCAUCACCUGCUGGAAAGGAUGAAUAUGCACAAUGGGUGGUUGCAAGUCAGAGAAGCCUUCUUGAGGUCAUGGCUGAAUAUCCAUCAGCCAAGCCCCCACUUGGUGUCUUCUUUGCCUCAGUUGCCCCACGAUUGCAGCCUAGAUACUAUUCAAUCUCGUCAUCCCCAAGGAUGGCGUCUUCUAGAAUUCAUGUAACCUGUGCAUUAGUUUAUGAGAAGACACCAACAGGAAGGAUUCACAAAGGAGUGUGUUCAACCUGGAUGAAGAAUUCUGUGCCUUUGGAGAAGAGCGAUGAUUCUAGUUGGGCACCCAUUUUUGUUCGGCAAUCAAACUUCAGACUUCCUACUGACACUAAAUUACCCAUUAUCAUGAUUGGUCCUGGGACUGGAUUGGCUCCUUUCAGGGGUUUCCUGCAGGAAAGGUUAGCUCUUAUAGAAGCUGGAGCUGAACUGGGACCCUCCACAUUGUUCUUCGGAUGUAGAAAUAGUAAAACGGAUUACAUUUAUGAAGAUGAGCUGAACAACUUCUUAGAAACUGGUGCACUUUCUGAGCUAGUGGUUGCAUUCUCACGCCAGGGACCCACCAAGGAAUAUGUGCAGCAUAAAAUGACACAGAAGGCCUCAGACAUCUGGAACAUGCUAUCUCAGGGAGCUUAUAUUUAUGUUUGUGGUGAUGCUAAGGGCAUGGCCAGGGAUGUCCACCGGACUCUUCACACAAUAGUGCAGGAGCAGGGAUCUCUGGACAGCUCCAAAGCCGAGAGCAUGGUGAAAAAUCUGCAAAUGAGUGGCAGGUAUCUGCGUGAUGUGUGGUAAUAGUUUCUCUAUGAAGCCUUCCACCUUGAGAGAGAAGGGAAGUUACAGCUAUAUCCCUAUAAAAUAUUUAUGUGCCGAGGCUAAGUUCGGGUUAAACAAUGCUCGUUUCGGAUGCCUCAGAAGGAAAAUUGCUGGUGUUGUGAUAAUAGCAUUCGGUUCUGCGAUUCUUUUUACCCUACCCAUAUGAAGGAUUUUUUGGUUCGUGUAAUUUAUAUAUAUACAUAUUAUAUAUAUAAUAAUUAGGAAUUAGUUUAUGAGCUCUUAAUUUUCCUUGUAAUGUAUGAACCUACAAGAAGGUUCAAAUGACAGACAAAUGUGGUUUCUUUCCCAUCUCUAAUUGUGCUAGAUGGAUCAAUGUAGUUGAAGUUUGGUAUCCCAA